CUCAGGACACUUGACCAUGCUUGUGCUUCUCAAUCUGAUGACAUCUACUGUGGUACGCACAAGUGAUAUGUGACUGUCUCGGCUCCCUCCUACCUCGAAGUCGAGAUCUGUUUGCGGGGAAGGAAGGCGACCGACAAGCGACAGCUGCCAAAGGGAAAGGGGACAACUGAAACAGCCCUUGUCUACUUGUCUACACCUGCUCCCUCAUCUACAUCCAUCAAGCACAGAUGGAACAGCCAGAAGACCCUCUCACACCGGCACAGUUCAAGAUCCUACUCAUCAUCGCUGAUGCCGUUGUUGCAGACCUCUCUGAGGAGGAGAUGCAAUAUGUGCUGACGGAAUCACGCAGUUCCGCCGUCGUCAAGGACAUUGAAGCCUGCCGUGCAUUCGCAAAGUCAAAGUUCUCUGAUGACUCUCGGCGUACAACCGCUUUGCGAGAUUACUUAUGUCACCUCUCAAGAGAGAAGCAGCUUGAAUUGGGUGGCGGCCUCAGCAUGCUCGACUCUUACCUCGGUGCGCUCGUCAUGACCCAUGGCAUCACCAAAAUUUCUGACAUGUCGCGUGAACAGGUAGAGUCUACCCUCAAGAACUUUUACGGCUCUUUCCUUCAAAAAAUUCGUGGCUUGCCAAGAGGUACCAUCUCCCUGAUUCUCGCCAUUUAUGUCCGAUUCUCAGACAUGUCGUUUGUUGGGUAUGAUAGUGGCGAUUUGACAAAGACACUUCCCGUUGUCAACAAGCAGCCAGAAUAUGAGUUCCUGAGCAUUGCUCCAAAUGCCUCAGAAAUUUACACAGAUGUUCUUAUUGUUGGAUCAGGUUCAGGCGGCGGUGUUGCAGCAGCGACACUUGCCAAGGCAGGUAAGCGUGUCCUGGUAGUAGAGAAAUCGCAUGCCUACACGCAAGCAGACUUCCCCAUGAAGGAACACGAGGCAUCCGACAAGAUGUACGAAAAUCACGGCGUCUUCUCUACCGAUGAUGGAUUCAUGACCGUCCUUGCAGGCUCGACGUUCGGUGGCGGCUCGACCAUCAACUGGUCUGCUUCAUUGCAAACACCAGCACUUAUUCGAAAGGAGUGGGCCGAUAAGACUGGCUACGGUUGGUACCAAACCGCUGAAUUCCAAAACUCACUUGACUUCGUCUGCAACCGUAUGGGCGUCUCAGCUGACCACAUUGAGCACAACUUUGCCAAUGCCAAGUUGCUCGAAGGCAGCAAGAAGCUUGGUCAUGUCGCUUAUGCCGUCCCACAGAAUACAGGUGGUUCAAAGCACUACUGUGGCCACUGUCCACAUGGUUGUCGCAACGGAGACAAGAUGGGUGGGCUGAUUACCUGGUUGUCUGAUGCCAAGGAUCAUGGCGCACAAUUCCUGCAAGACACACUCGUGAAGAAGGUCAUCAUCGAGUCUGGUGUGGCCAAAGGUGCCCUCGUUCUGCACAAUGGUCGCGAAAUUACUAUUCGUGCUGAACGCGUUAUUAUCUCAGCAGGUACCCUGAACACGCCUUGCAUCCUCAAAGCGUCCGGCUUGCACGACCCAGAGAUUGGUCGGGGCCUGAAAAUGCACCCAUGUUCAUUCAUCACUGCCCACUUUGAAGAUGCGCAAACGCGUCCUCAUGAAGGUGGUAUCUUGACAACUGUCUCGCUUGCUGCCUUCAACAAGGACGGUUCAGGCCAUGGCGCAUACCUCGAAGUCGUCUCGAACCAGCCUGGUCUCCACUCCGCCAUCAUUCCCUGGCGUAGCUCCAAGGAGUGGAAGAAGAACUGGCUCAAGUACCCUCACGCCACAUCCUACAUUGCACUCACGCGUGAUCGUGAUUCAGGAUACGUCUAUCCUGAUCCAGUCACAGGCAAGCCUCAAGUUCACUACCAACCUUCUGCGUAUGACCGCAAGUCUAUGCUUGAAGGAGUCAUCAAGCUCUGCGACACAUUAUUGGCGUCUGGUGCCGAUGAGUUGUCGACAGCGCAAGAAGAUGUGGAAAGCUUCCGACCUGUCAAGAACUCACCGCUUGGCACACAAGAACCAAGCUACAUUGCUUGGCUUGACAAAGUGCGCAAGGCAGGUAUGGUCCCUGGUCGAACAAGCAUGGGAUCUGCACAUCAGAUGGGAUCAUGCAGUAUGGGUCGUGUCACGGAUAGCGACUGCAAGGUCAAGGGUGUACAGGGUCUCUACAUUGCCGAUGCAAGUGUUUUCCCUACGUGCUCCGGUGUCAAUCCGAUGAUCACAACGAUGGCUAUUGCGCAUCGUACAGCGAACCGCAUCAUUGAGGCGGGUGAAAAGGCCAAGAUUGUCUUGCACCAGGAGUUUUCGGCAAAGCUUUGA